GGGAGAGGGAGGGAGACCGGCCGCUCUGUCCGUCGGACAGCGGCUAGCCCUCGGACGUCGGCGCGCUUCUUGAUCAAUCCACUGAUCGAUAAUCCAUCGGAGCGACUGAAAUGGCCCCAAAGCCGGCGGGGGCCCGGUGCUACCGCAAGAGGAAGCGCCGGGAGAGCUACUGCCGGUACAUCCGCCGGGUGCUGAAGCAGAUCCACCCGGAGCGGAGCCUCUCGGCGGCGGCCGCCGCGGCGCUCGACUCCUUCCUGGGCGACCUCUUCGAGCGGCUGGCGAGCGAGGCGUCCCGCCUGGUCCGCUACAGCCGGCGGCAGACCCUGUCCUCCCGGGAGAUCCAGAGCGCCGUCCGCCUGCUGCUCCCGGGGGAGCUGGCCCAGCACGCCGUGUCCGAGGGCAGCAAGGCGGUCACCACGUUCGCCGCCUGCCCGUGAGGAAGCAGAGGGCGGAGAGGCAGCGGCGGGGCCGGCCGGCCGGCGGGCAAGGUCCCCUUCGGAGCUCAGCAGCCCCCCCGACCCCCGGGAGGAGCCGGGGGCGGAGGGGAGAGGAGGGGGGGGAGAGGGAGCCCGAGGGAAAUGAGAACUGGAAGCUUUGAACCGAUCUCCAGAGACGUCCCCGAGCCGCGUUCUGUUGGUGUUUUGCGGUUGAGAACAAACUUGUCCAAAAAAAGGAGCUGCUCCGAUUGCAGAUGGAAACCCGACCCCCCCCCCCACCCCAGAAUAAUGUUUUACUCCCUUCACCACGCACUCCACCCCCCCACCCCCCCAAUAAAAUAAAAUGUGGUUGCAAUGG